GUUAAAAAAAUCCAAGACUUAGAAAAGAAGCGAAAAAGAUUGGAAAUAGACUUUAAACUGGUAUCCGAAGAAGCCAAACGAAAAGCAAUAGGGGAAAAAAUGAGGAAACCGAACCAAGAAAUCCAAACCGAAACUGAGAAAAUUGCUAAUUCGCGAGUUAAGGAAAUCACUAUCAGAUUAAGGGAUAACCCUAAUAAUGAGACCGAAAUAGAAAAAGGAAUUAAGGAACAAACAGAAUAUUUAUUAAAAACUAGCGACUUAAUUUAUUUAGUAAACUCAGAAGAAGAUUUUUAUUCUUACCAAACUCUCCGACUACAAUAUUUUUUAACUAUUUCGGCUGGAAAAGGAACUAACCUUGACGGAUUAAUAAAACAAAUAAGCGCCCUUUUGCCGCACUCUUCUGGCGAAAAGUUUGACCAAAAAGAAAAAGAGCUAAAAUUACUUAUUUUUGGACCACCUAAUUCCGGCAAAUCUACCCUCAUGAAUUAUCUAUUGCAAGAAAAUCGCUCGCUGGCUACUCCUGUUGCCGGCACUACCCAAGAGCCA